AUGCUUUGGUCAUGCAGCAUUAUAUCGGUCAUGUGCAAGGGACCCAAGCCUCCAAACAACAAACAAGAAAACAAAUGCUCUCAUGUUUCCUACCCAACAUCUCAACACACUGCCAUUAUCAUCUAUUCCUUAGACAAAUCUCUCUCUAUACUUCCAGUCAUAGAAGUUCAAGCACCACUGAAAGAGCCGUUGGAAGGGUGGAAGAAGAACAGAGCCAUUCAAAAUCCAAACACCAUUGCUGGAAGAGUCGCUGCCAGAAGCACAUGCUACCACCGAAUCAUGCCAAACUGUCACCGUUGCAACAAAGGGAUAUCCCAAGUUCAUCAUGCCAUGCAAUAA